GAGAGGAGUUGAUGCUCCCCAAUACACAACAGGCAGACCGGUGCAGCAGCACAGCAUUUCAUUUUAUGGAGAAUUAUCGUUAUCAUAAGACAACAUCAAUAGACCAACCCUUGAACAUGUGGCCAUCUUUUCUCCGACCAACACAGAGGUAUUUUAAAUCUACACAGGUCACACUGGCUCUCACAAGUCGUAGGAAGAAGACGGUCUACCGGACACCAACCUCUCAACUGCGUCUGUCUGUCUACCUGUAUGGAGAUACGACUGAUGCGUCAGGUUCAAACGGGUUAUUAAGACUAGAGAGUGAACUCGGACUUUAUGUUCAUCCUCCCCGUUAUGAUACUCAAACAGAUUCAUUGAGUGGUUGAUUGUUUGAUGCAUAUGCCUAAAAAGUGUUCGUAUUGACACUAAAUACUUUUGAACAAGUAAACGUUGUGUAGAAGCAACAGUUCCGGUAACAGAAAUCUUAUGUACAUAUUGUUGAGGGGAAAAAAACUCGCACUGACUUGCAGUCAAGAGGCAGACAGACCACGCCUGAAAAACCAGGGGCGUAGAAGGAAUUUAGACUUUUCCACCAGUGAAACACAUCCCAACUCUUUUCACUGUGUCGACGCAGUCAGCCACCCGACCCGACAGAGGAGAAGAAAAAGGACUUGCACAAUGGCUGGGGUGGCAUCAACGUUGGCCAAGAAGAGGGCUUUGGCCGCAGGAUUUGGCACUAAUGCCAAUGCGUCGAAGUACCUAAACCAAGACUUCGAGUCUCUCAGGAGCGAGUGUCUGAGUAGAGGUUCACUUUUCACGGAUUCCACUUUUCCAGCCGAACCUGCGUCCUUGGGAUUCAAUGAGCUCGGACCGAGAUCUUCCAAAACCAGAGGUGUGCAAUGGAAACGACCUGGGGAGCUGGUGUCCAGCCCAGAGUUCAUUGUUGGUGGAGCCUCGAGAACCGACAUCUGCCAAGGCGGCUUGGGUGACUGCUGGCUCCUGGCGGCCAUCGCCUCUCUGACCCUGAAUGAAGAUGUGAUGGCCCGGGUUGUUCCUGCAGGACAAGGCUUUGGACGUGGCGAGUACGCUGGGAUCUUUCACUUCCAGUUCUGGCAGUUUGGUGAGUGGGUGGACGUGGUGAUUGACGACCGGCUGCCGGCGAAGGAUGGAGAGCUGCUGUUUGUUCACUCAGCCGAGGGCUCUGAGUUCUGGAGCGCCCUGCUGGAAAAGGCCUACGCCAAGGUGAAUGGAUGCUAUGAGGCUCUUUCAGGGGGCUCCACCACUGAGGGCUUUGAGGACUUUACAGGAGGGAUAGCAGAGAACUAUGACCUGAAGAAGGCUCCCUCCAACCUGUUCCAGAUUAUCAGGAAAGCCCUGGCCUCUGGAGCUCUGCUGGGCUGCUCCAUCGAUAUCACCAGCCAGGCAGACUCGGAGGCCAUCACCAAUCAGAAGCUGGUGAAAGGACACGCCUACUCUCUGACCGGGGCUAUCGAGGUGAACUACCGUGGCCGCAAGGAGAAGCUGGUCAGAGUGCGUAACCCCUGGGGAACAGUGGAGUGGACUGGGGCCUGGAGUGACAACUCCUCUGAGUGGAACAGCGUGGAUGUUUCUGAGCGGGACAACGUGAAGGCAGACGAUGGAGAGUUCUGGAUGUCCUUCUCUGACUUCACGAGGCACUACCAUCGUCUGGAGCUCUGCACUCUGACCCCUGACACACUGACCACUGAUGACGUUAAACACUGGAGCGUGUCUAACUACGAUGGGGCCUGGAGGAAAGGAUCGACCGCAGGAGGAUGCAGGAACAACCCCUACACGUUCUGGAUGAAUCCCCAGUUCAAGAUCAAGCUGGAGGAAGAGGAUGACGACCCGGGGGAUGAUGAGGUGGGCUGUAGCUUCGUCGUGGGACUCAUCCAAAAGAACAGAAGACGGAUGAGGAAAGCAGGAGAGGACAUGCACACCAUCGGAUUCGCCAUCUAUGAGGUUCCAGAACAGUUCCACGGCCAGCGGGAGGUCCACCUGGAUAAGAACUACUUCCUGUCUCACGCCCAGACGGCCCGUUCGGAGACCUUCAUCAACCUGAGAGAGGUCAGCACCCGCUUCAAACUGCCCCCAGGAGAAUAUCUCAUCGUACCCUCCACCUUCGAGGCCAACCUGAACGGGGACUUCUGCCUACGAGUGUUCUCCGAGAAACAGGCCGAGACGCUGCCCUGUGACGACCCGGUUAAGGCAGAACUAGAGGAUGAUACAGUACCCGAGGGGGAGGUUGAUGCUGGCUUCAGGGGCCUGUUCACUAAGCUAGCUGGAGAUGAUAUGGAGAUUUCAGCAUCUGAGCUCAGGAGUAUUUUCAACAAAAUCGUUGCUAAGCGAACGGACAUAAAGACGGACGGCUUCAGCCUGGACACAGCCAGAAUCAUGGUCAACCUCAUGGACGACAGUGGUAACGGCAAACUGGGGCUGGGAGAAUUUGCAACACUGUGGAAGAAGAUUCAGAAAUACCUGUCCAUCUAUAAGAGCAAUGACAUGGAUGGGUCUGGCUGUAUGAGCACACCAGAGAUGAGGAUGGCCUUGAACAAAGCAGGUUUCAGCCUGAACAACACUCUCCACCAGGUUUUGGCAGCUCGGUAUGGAGAGGCCGACAUGACCAUUGACUUUGAUAACUUCGUGGCUUGCGUCAUGCGCCUGGAGAUGAUGUUCAAAGUCUUCAAGAAGCUUGACAUGGAUGACACCGGUUUCAUUGAAUUGGAUUUCUUCCAGUGGUUGUCAUUUUCCAUGAUCUAGAAGAUGGCAGCACAGGACCAGUUCUCUCAAAGACCAGUUCUCUCAAAGACCAGUUCUCUCAAAGACCAGUUCUCUCAAAGACCAGUUCUCUCAAAGACCUGUUCUCUCAAAGACCUGUUCUCUCAAAGACCUGUUCUCUCAAAGACCUGUUCUCCCAAAGACCAGUUCUCUCAAAGACCUGUUCUCUCAAAGACCUGUUCUCUCAGACUGUUCUCCCAAAGACCAGUUCUCUCAAAGACCUGUUCUCUCAAAGACCUGUUCUAUCUCUGACUGUUCUCUCUCUGACUGUUCUCUCAAAGACCUGUUCUCUCUGACUGUUCUCUCUCUGACUGUUCUCUCAAAGACCUGUUCUCUCUGACUGUUCUCUCUCUGACUGUUCUCUCAAAGACCUGUUCUCUCUGACUGUUCUCUCUCCGACUGUUCUCUCAAAGAGCUGUUCUCUCUGAAUGUUCUCCCAAAGACCUGUUCUCUCAAAGACCAGUUCUCUCAAAGACCAGUUCUCUCAAAGACCUGUUCUCUCAAAGACCUGUUCUCUCAGACCUGUUCUCUCAAAGACCUGUUCUCUCAAAGACCUGUUCUCUCAAAGACCUGUUCUCUCUGACUGUUCUCUCAGACCUGUUCUCUCUCUGACCUGUUCUCUCUCUCUGACUGUUCUCCCAAAGACCAGUUCUCUCAAAGACCUGUUCUCUCAAAGACCUGUUCUCUCUGACUGUUCUCUCAGACCUGUUCUCUCUCUGACUGUUCUCCCAAAGACCAGUUCUCCCAAAGACCUGUUCUCUCUGACUGUUCUCUCUGACUGUUCUCUCUCAGACCUGUUCUCUCUCUGACCUGUUCUCUCUCUGACCUGUUCUCUCUCUGACCUGUUCUCUCUCUGACCUGUUCUCUCAGACCUGUUCUCUCUCUGACCUGUUCUCUCUCUGACUGUUCUCUCAGACAGCUACAAAUAAGCCAAAGUGCCUUUUCAAGAUGUUUCUUUUGACACACACUUUAUGACGUAACAGAAUGUUUUAAACCUUAAUUUGAUGCAUUAUUUGUUUUAUUAGACAAAGCCUAUUGAGAACUACAGAUUAUAACCUAAAUCUACUUUUGUGAUGAAAUGUAGGACAUUUCAAUCCUUUUAUGCAGAUUUUUGUUACUUAUAGUUGUGUCAUCUUCAUCAAAGAUAUAUAUUAAUUAAUAAAUUGCAUUGUUUUCCCAGUC